AUGACUACCUUCAACAUUCGGAUACUGGUUGGAACUUUGUUGCUGCUCACACUGCUGCCUCAGAUUACAUGCAUGAAACAUUUUAUUAACUGCACUAUUUAUGAUGAUCCACUUCCUUUACCACAUCAGUUUUAUCAGCCAGGCAAUGUGAUCAUUGGGGCAAUUGCCUCUCAGGUUUUUUACUUUCACGACAGCCCCACUUUCAUAGAGCAGCCUACACAAGCAUUGAUUGAUGAACCAGUCUCCAUGCCAAAGAUGUACCAACACAUUCUGGCCUUGGCAUUUGCUGUAAAGGAGAUAAAUAAGAAUCCCAAACUCUUGCCAAACAUAACUCUAGGCUUCCACAUUAUCAAUGGCUAUUACAUUGCAAAGAUGACCUAUAAGGCCACCCUGAACCUACUUUGCGCACAGCAAAGGUUUGUCCCCAACUUCAUCUGUGAUUCUCAGAAAGAAUUAAUAGCUGUCAUUGGAGGAUAUGUGACUGAAGCUUCUGCCAUUAUGGCCAACAUUGUUGCCAUCUACAAGAUUCCACAGAUGGUCCCCAAUGAAGAUUAUCAAUUCAGAGGAGUACUCCAAUUACUUCAUCAUUUUGGGUGGAUGUGGGUUGGGCUCCUGGCUGUGGAUGAUGACUAUGGAGACAGAUUUUUGAAGGCCAUAAUGCCAUUGCUUACCCAAAAUAGCAUCUGUUAUGCAUUCAUAAUCAGGCUACCAAAACGAAGUUAUGUGGAUGAGUAUUUAGACUUUAUGAUAUAUCAGUUGCAUCACUCAUUAAAGAACAUCUUGUUCAACAACAGUGCUGGAGACAAUGUGAGGUUUGAUGAAAAUAGAGAAUUAGUCUCAGGAUUUGAUCUUACAAAUUGGGUGACUUUCUCAAACAACUCUUUUGUUAGAGUGAAGGUUGGAAGACUGGAACCUCAGGCUCCUCCAUGUAAACAACUAACCAUUAGUGAUGAUCUAAUUGAGUGGCAUAGAAGCUUUAACCAGGUGCUGCCCCUUUCGGUGUGCAAUGACAAUUGCUAUCCAGGCUUCAGUCGGAAAAAGAAGGAAGGAGAAAAAUUUUGUUGUUAUGAUUGUGCUCCAUGUCCAGAAGGAAUGAUAUCUGGCCAGAAGGACAUGGAUGCCUGCAUGAAAUGUCCAGCAGACAAAUAUCCUAACAAAGAUCAAAACCAAUGCAUUCCCCGAAUUCUAAGCUACCUCUCUUAUAAAGAACCUUUAGGAAUUUUGCUUACUGUGUUGGCCAUUUACUUCUCUGUGAUCACAGCUUUAAUCCUUGGAGCCUUUUGGCAGCACCAGGACACUCCAAUUGUCAAAGCCAACAACCGAACCCUCACCUAUAUCCUCCUCUGCUCACUUCUACUUUGCUUCCUCUGUGCCUUGCUGUUCAUUGGGCAGCCUGCACAGCUGACCUGCCUUCUCCGACAAAUGGCUUUUGGUGUUGUCUUCUCAACCUCCCUUUCCUGUGUGUUGGCAAAAACCAUCACUGUGGUUCUAGCAUUCAUGGCUACACAACCAGGAUCUGGAAUAAGAAAAUGGGUAGGGAAAAGACUGGCAGAUUCAAUUGUCCUUUCUGGUUCAUUUAUUCAAAUAGUCAUUUGCAUGGUUUGGCUGAUUUCUUCUCCUCCAUUCCCAGAUACAGACAUGAGCUCUGUAAAUGGGGAAAUCAUAGUGCUAUGUAAUGAGGGUUCAGCUGCCAUGUUUUACUGUGUCUUGGGCUACACAGGCUUUCUGGCAAUUGUCAGCUUCACUGUGGCUUUCUUUGCCAGAAAGUUACCCGACAGUUUCAAUGAAGCCAAAUUUAUCACUUUCAGCAUGCUGGUCUUUUGUACUGUUUGGCUGUCUUUUGUUCCAACUUAUCUUAGCGCUAAAGGAAAAUACAUGGUGGCUGUGGAGAUCUUCUCUAUUUUGUGCUCUGGUGCUGGAUUACUGAGUUCUAUUUUCUUCCCCAAAUGCUACAUCAUUAUUCUGAGACCUGAGCUAAACAAUAGGGAGCAUUUAAUAAGGAGGGGGAAAUAA